GCGCAGGUGCGGCACCUGCACCAGUCAAGAUGUCCACAGUAAGGCAUUGCUGAGGCAGAGAGGGGGAAAGGAAGGAGGGAGAGGAAGAUGGUAGUCAACGCCACGUACCGACACCUUUCCUGAUCAGAGCAUCAAGAAAGCAGGCGGAGGAGGGAGAAGGAAUGAACCAGCAACAAAGAAACAGCAGACAAAUAUGAAUCAUGAUUCGUGCCGGGUGCUGCUGUUUUUUGGCUCUAAUUCUGGGCUCCAUCCUCCAGAUUUUUGGUGCAACGGUUCUGCAUUUGAGCGGUGCUGAUAAAGACUCAUCAGUUGCGGAUGCUGGUGCAGCGCUGAACCACAGCAGCAACACAACUCAGCAAGAAAUAACGUGGCCUUUACGCUUGAUCUAUUACGUUCAUGAUGACAACGAGAGCACUUACCACAUCCUGGAUACUAAAGCCAGGAACCAGCAAAAAGAUGACCAGGCUGUACAUCUUACUCAUGCAAGCUUCCAGAUAGAGGCCUUUGACACCACCUUUAUCCUAGAUAUUACACUGAACCACAAUCUGCUGUCCUCUGAUUACAAGGAAAUACAUUAUGAGAAGCAAAAGACUUUCUUUUCAAAGGGUGGUGAGCACUGUUACUAUCACGGGGAGAUACGGGGGAACACAAAGUCCAAAGUUGCUCUGUCUACCUGUGAUGGGCUUCAUGGCAUGUUUGAUGAUGGUAACUACAUGUAUAUUAUUGAGCCAUUGAUCCAGACACGUACCAAGGAGAAUUUGUCAAGGCCACACACAAUUCAUCGGAUGCCGGUGGGAUUGAUGGACAAGCUUCCACACAUGAGUAAUUCCAGCAAUACGAGGAAGGCCAGCGCUCUUUGGUCUCGACUGGCGGACUUUCCUUGGUUCCGACCACGCAGGAGAAGGAGAGCGGUCCAUCGCCGGAGUGUCUUCUAUGAAAUGAAAUACCUGGAACUCAUGAUUGUAAACGACCACAUGAUGUACAAGAGACGGCGAUCCUCCCGGGCUCACACCAACAACUUUGCCAAGUCUGUGGUUAACCUUUUGGACAUUAUCUUCAAGGAGCAGCUAAACACCAGGGUGGUGCUGGUUGCCAUGGAAACGUGGUCAGACAAGGACCGGAUUGAUGUGGGCCAGGACCAGGUGAAGACCCUGCGCAGCUUCUCCAAGUACAGGCAGCAGUUCGUGAGGGAGCGAGCUGACUCGGUCCAGCUACUCUCGGGCACCACGUUUGAAAGCGCCAUGAGCAGCAUGGCGUUCUUUGGAGGGGUUUGCUCACUGACUCGAGGAGUAGGAGUGAAUGAGUAUGGACAAAUGUGGUCGACCACUGCUAUAUUGGGGCAGAGUCUUGCACAGAAUUUGGGUAUACAGUGGGAGUCCGAAUCCAAGAGAAAAAAGGAAUGUGAGUGUCCAGGCUCCUGGGCUGGAUGCAUCAUGGAAGACACAGGGUUUUACCAUCCCCGUAAGUUUUCCAAGUGCAGUAUAAUGGAAUACAAAGAGUUUCUACAGAGAGGUGGGGGAGCUUGUCUCUUCAACAGACCAACAAAGCUCUUUGAAACCACGGAGUGUGGCAAUGGAUACGUGGAGUCUGGGGAGGAGUGUGACUGCGGACUGCGAAUGGAAUGCUUCGGGACCUGUUGUAAGAAGUGCUCCCUUGCCAAUGGUGCCCACUGCAGUGAUGGACCCUGCUGCAAUCACACUUGCCAGUUCCUGAAGAGAGGUUACGACUGUCGAGACCCUGUGAAUGAUUGUGAUAUAGCGGAGUACUGCACUGGAGACUCUGGCCAGUGCCCUCCCAAUCUUCACAAGCAGGAUGGAUAUGCCUGUGACAUGAACCAGGGCCGCUGUUUCAGUGGGGAGUGUAAAACCAGAGACAACCAGUGCAAGCUGAUAUGGGGCUCAAAGGCCCUGGGGUCAGACAAGUUCUGCUACGAGAAGCUCAACACUGAAGGCACCGAGAAAGGAAACUGUGGGAAGGAGGGCGAUAAGUGGCUGCAGUGCAGCAAGCAUGAUGUGUUCUGUGGCUACCUUCUCUGCACCAGUGUUAGCCGGGUCCCGAGGAUUGGCCGCAUUGUCGGUGAGAUCACGCCCACCUCCUUCUAUCACCAGGGCAGGCUGGUGGACUGUAGUGGUAGUCACAUCAUUAUGGACGAUGGGACAGACUUGGGCUAUGUUGCGGAUGGUACUCCCUGCGGACCAUCCAUGAUGUGCUUGGAUAGGAGAUGCCAACCCAUCCAGUCAUUCAACAUCAGUAAUUGUCCGAGCGGAUCGCCAACAAAGAUAUGCUCUGGACACGGGCUUUGCAGUAACGAGGGAACCUGCAUCUGUGAGGGGACCUGGGCAGGAACGGACUGCAGCAUGUACGACCCCAAGCGGGAAGAGACCAAGAAGCCACCCGAGGGCCCCAAGGGUCCUAGCGCCACCAAUCUUAUAAUAGGGUCCAUCGCAGGCGCCAUCCUGGUGGCUGCUAUUGUCCUUGGGGGGACAGGAUGGGGUUUUAAAAAUGUCAAGAAGAGAAGAUACGAUCCCAGCCAGGCCGGAGCGAUAUGAAGAGAGACCAAGCACCACCUCCUGGACUCUGCCCCUGUGGAUUCUGAGUACGACCGCUUAGCAUAAACUGUCAUGGCUUGGCGCACAGUAAAAGAAGCACAGGAACGCAGGGCCAGUACGUAAUGUUGUCCAUGACUUGCGCUCCACUCGCGACGAGGGGAGGCGUGAACAAACUCUACAACCAGAGAGCUGCCCUUUCCCUCUCAACUCUUCCCCACCUGACCACCUCUCGCCACCAACGCCAGAGAUCUAUUGGGAGGGGGAAGGUGGGCUCCAACUACGUUCUUGACCAGAGCAUAGCUGAGGAAAAUUGGACUUCCUCAUCACCUCCUGGACAGCCUGCUGUGACGCUAAGGAGGCCGGCGGCCACAACUCAACGUUGCCCAAGAUCUCACAGCUCAUGAGGUUCCUCUUCCCUUUUACUUUGUUUCCCGGAGCAGGCACCACUCUCCCUUGCGCAUGGCGUUCUCUUUCCAAAGGUACCUGCAUGGAAAUGAAACAAAUAAAAACACACACACAAACAAAAAUCAGAGGGAAGGAGCUAGCAUCGCAGCACCUAUCGACGGAUGUCUUCACAGCACUUUUUGUAUUUCCAUGGAAGCUUAAAUGGUCAAUAUCUCCAUCCAAUCUCAGGUCCAUCUUCUCAGCAGUUUAUGAGCUGCCACAGAUUUAUUUUCUCUCUGGUUUAUAACUAGGGCAGCAACAGAACACUCUGUGAAACGGAAAUAACGCAGAUUGUAAAGAUUAUUUCUCACCGCAGUGUAUUUUGUGUUAAUCUAUAGCAGGUGUUUUAUGAUGCUUGGUCAUUAUUUCAGGCGAAUGUUAACUCCAUGCUCAACGGCUACAACUUUAUAUGGGGUUUCAGUGAAGCUUUAGCCCACCCACAGCAUUUAAGUAAUCUGACUGGGUCAGCUUGAAGGACGUCACCCAUCCUUGUUGGAUGACUGAGGGAAUGAUGUAUUGAUGCUCAGUUGUGAAUGCUGAUUAAUGCAGGUUGCUAGAUCAUUUCGGUUUUGCUCUCAUGCUUCUGGAACCAAAAUCAAAGUGCAGCUCCUUUAAUGGAUGGAUAAAUUAUUCACUUAUACUAUGUACAGUACUGGCUAGGAACAUGUAAGUAAAAUGUCGACGUAUCCCUCUUCUUUUCCACUCUGCCUUCGGAAGAGCUGCAAGCCUGGAUUGGUCAAUGCCAUUUUCACUCUCCCGUUGGACUGCGCCACCCGUAGGUGUUCUGUUCACUCCGAACCUUUGCGGGGAAGUCACAUCGCGCCACACAUGGUAGAGAGUUCCCGCGGCAUGGGUGUCAAUCAAUACCAUUGGGUACCAGUGGAAAGGAAAAGUAGCCAUUGAACUUAAAAACGGCAAAUAUUGUUUUGUUUUAUUCUGUUGCAAUCAAUUAUAAAGGCAGCAAAUCCUGGGGGAAUAGGCAGUGUAGUGUCGUAGCAGAGUGACCAUCUCCCCAUCUGAGAUCUGUGCUCUCUUUCAUAUCAUCAGUUCAAUCCUUAAAAAAACACCCUCCCUUUAAGCAACACUAAAGUAAUCAACUCAGGGUGCUAGGAACCGAACAGGCUGGAUUUAUGCGCUGGCGAUGCGGUCGGGUAGCAUCUCAUUGGAUUAAGCGAUACUCUGGUUAUUGAAUGCAGCAGUAUUGUACCCAUGUUGGAAAUCACCAGUGGAACACCUCCAGUGUCAGCGUACACUGUAACUAGAGUAGUUGCUGUCCUGUUGAUGGCUUUUGCCUCCAACCUGAGCUGUCCCAGUCCUAAAACGGGGUCUGACGAGAGCCGCACGCAGAGAAUGUGUCACCUCCCACGUGGUGCAGAGGGCGUUAGCAUCUGCGGAGAGAGUGAGAGGCCGAGUGUGAACGCAAAGUGGAGGAGCCCCAUUUCCCAGCACCGCUGACAUUUCUCCCGCGCAGCCACUAACCAGUUUUCUUCUUAAAGGGAGAGGCACUCGACAAUUCGGAGCCUUUACGAAUGUUAUAACUAUUUCAAUUUAGAAUGUAAAUUGUGGUUUAAAAACUGUAGAACAUCUUAUAAAAAAAUCAAUUCUGUGUGUGGACAUCAGUGGCAAAGCCACCUUUGAUUACUCAUUCUGGUUUGACAUAGUGUGAACCAUUCUGUUGAACUGCCAAUAAUCUGUGCUGGGCGCCCUGUUGGGAAGUUCCUGGAUAUUGAGCCAACAGCAGCAGAAGGCUGGUGAUAGCUUAACAAAGCAGCUUGAUGUGUGAUUGGAGGAACUUGGGACGGGAUGAUCUACCCAUAUGUCUGCUGCCCUUGUCCUGCUAAAUGGCGCAAGUCGUAGGAUCGGGAAAUGCUGUUGAAGAUACUGGGUGAAUCCUGCAAGUGACUGGACCCGGGGUGUACCAGUGAUGGAGGGUGUGCUGUUAUCAGGAAUUUAGAGCUGGAAGAGCUGUGGAAGAUUUUGUGAGAGGAAUGAGAUAGGGUUGUGAUUCUACUGGAGAUAAUAGUUAUCUCUCCAUUCCCUUGGCAAACCAUUAAUCAGGCCAACUUGCCACCGAUAGCGAGACGACCCCAGUAAUUGACCGUCCCAGCCGUCGUGUCUGGUCUCAAAAGCAGGGGGAAGGAAAAAGCAAAUUCUCCAGGCCAGGAACAGUUGGACAACCACUCCACCCAACACACUGUAAGGUACUUGUACCUGAUGCUCCAUCGCAUUUGCAACCCCUUACAUGGGUGGUUACUCCAUUGCCUAGUGUUCUUGGGGGGUUUUGUGUCCUGAACUCCACCCAACAAACUGCCCCAGCCCGCACUGGUCACCCAGCACUCUCGUGAUAGCGCCUUCAGGUGACACAGCUGGCUGAUUCUUGGCUGUCAGUCAAACCAUCUUUGCCAUCAACAUUUUUUUAUAAUUGAUAAACAGAAGUGUUAUUUUUUAAUGUCUGUGAUUUUUUUUCUCCUGAGUUGCACCUGGCACUGCACUGGAGUUGGAUCUUCAUUUCUGAGGAACUCUGGGGCAACCGCAGAGAGUUGGGCAGUCCGAGGUCCCUCUCUGUGGCUUGGUAACCUCAAGAAAAUGGGAUCACUCAGCAUGCAACCUACUGAGGUCAGAGUGGCCUAGAUAGUAUCUCCACCAUGCCAUCUGAAUGGACGCCUGCCUUGCCCACCAUACCUCCCCCUAUAUAGCUGCUGCUUCUGUAAUGUAUAUAACAUUAGUCAUUCUAGAGAAGACAAAAACCUUGGCUAUUACUGGGAUGCUGCAUGUAGUAACAUAACGAAGCUUGGAUCAUCUUCGUUGAGAAAUUCAAGAAUAAUCUCAGCAGGACUAUGCUGACAGAUGCAUGGGGAAAGAAGGAAAAGAUUAACAAUUACAUUUUUUUAUUUACUAUGCAAAAAUGUGUAUUGCACACACCUAUCCACAACGAAAACACGGUAUGAACUGCUAAAUACUUGAAAAUCAUGAAGGAAAUUUUUUUUAUAUAUUCAAUUCACUUCCGUUCGUAAAAAGUUUUACUUAUUAAUGAGAUGCCAUGAAUGCAAUGUCUUACUCGAUCUUUAGUAAUAUAACAGCACCAGG